UCUGCUAAUAUCUUCCAUCAAUUUCAUCUCUUUUCCACCUGCAAAUUAUAUCACCUACUAUAUCCUUCCCCUUUAAGGAACCAAAAUGGCCAAGGGACGGAAAGGCCCUAAGGGGAAAAAGAUCACCUUAAAGAUCGCCAAAAACUGUAUCAAGGUCACAUUUGAUGGGAGACGGCGUCUUGACCUAAGCAAAAUGGGAAUCACCACUUUCCCCAAGUGUAUCCUAAAACUCAAUGAGGUUGAAGAACUAGAUCUGAGCCGGAAUAUGAUCAAGAAAAUACCAGAUAGCAUUGCCAAGUUCCAGAAUCUGCGUUGGUUAGACCUGCACAGCAAUCUCAUCGAGAAACUUCCUGAGUCAAUAGGUCAACUGAGCUCUCUCCACUUCCUCAAUCUUUGCAACAACAAGUUAACCACCAACACCCUUCCUUUGGAACUCAGAGACCUGAAGAACCUACGCACGCUGAACUUGGGUUUGAACCAUAUUGAUAACAUCCCCACCACCCUUGGGGCAUUGAAAGAGCUGCAUGAGGUGGGAGUAUUCGACAAUCUCCUGACCACUAUACCCACUAGUAUUGCCAAACUUCCCAAACUAAAGAAACUGAAUGCAAAGCGCAAUCCUUUCCCCAAAGAAGAUGAAGAUACGGCGUUUAUUGAUUCCAUAAAGCGGUUAGAAACCUUGUACUUGGUAGAAGAGAAAGACCUCUGUACACCCUGUCUGAAGAAAUGUCAAGAAGCCCGGGACAAGCUGAAUAAAAUAAAGAGCAUGGCACCAGCCCAAGCAAGGAAGCCAAACUUUGCAAAUCUAGUUAACCCCAACUCAACAGCCAAGGAGUCUCAAGAGGAGUGGAGGUUAUUGCAUAGAUUGCUGGAAUCACCAUCCUAG